CGGCUCUCAGAGAUGAAAUGAGGGCGUCGGCGCCGCGCGCCGGGAUUUCGUCGACGCAGCCGCGUCUGGACCACCGUGGCGUAGAACUCCGUUCACCAUAGUCCGCAAACAACUGGCCAGAUGACAUCCGCUUCGAAGCGCAGUUUACCGCUGGACAUUAACGAGCUAGUGCAACGGUGAUGACGGCCGUCCCGUUCUUCGUCGGCUGCAUCGUGUUCGAUUGAUGACUGGAUUUCUACAGAGAAAUACACGGCAUGAAGUAUCUAAAAGUCGCCUUGUUCAUGUUCAACCUUUUAAUAUGGUUUGCUGGCUGUACGGUCCUCGUAAUGGGUGCCUGGCUCUUGCUGGAACCAAGCAAGGGCCAUCUCUUGAACCUUUUCGUCCCUGAUGUGACGCCGCACGAGACCAUUCAUUUGGUUGCUUACAGUCUUCUUGGUCUUGGCAUUACCGUCCUCACGGUUGGCUUCUGCGGAUGUCGUGCUGCAUUUCACGGCAAUCAAUGCAUACUGGCAAUCUACAUGAGCAUGCUGAUCGCUCUGAUAGUGACGGAACUGGUGACAGCUGCGGUGGGUGGACUGAUGAUAUUUCGCGUGCUUUCCGGACUGGAGAAGAGGCUUGGCGAACGCCUUUCUGACCAUUACGGUUACAACUCAAGCAGCGACAUCUCGUUCAGUCGCAGUCUCGACUUUGCACAGUAUAAGUUUAAUUGCUGUGGAAUCCACAGUGACGAAGACUACAAUGACACAGCAUGGUGGAAGUAUAUCCAAGAAACUCGAGGCAAACGACAACAAGUCCCUUUGACGUGUUGUGUGCUGAACAUCGAGCCUGAAAACGCUGGGAGUCCGAUCAGCGUCGUAUCCAGAGUGUUUCACAGAAACGAUGACGAACCGUGGGUUCAUCCUCAACCAAAAGACGAGCUAUCCUGUCAAAUUCCAGAUCCAGAAGGUCAUGCCAACUACAGACAUAAAGAGGGCUGCCUUAACAAGAUUAUCACCUGGCUUCAAGUCGAAAGCUUCACCCUUGUGUUCCUGGCCAUGGCCAUGGCCGGUAUUCAAACAUUCGGUAUCAUCACCUCUGCCUUUCUCUGUCGCACUCUCAGAGAUAUGGAUAUAGAUUGAAUGCGACUUAACAGCCGACCGUUGCCCGUUCUUAGCGUCAAAAAUCUGACGGAGUAGACCAGAUAAAUCAGCUUGCAUAAAAACCUAGUCAGAAGAGUGUCUCGUGCGACGAUAACGCGUCUCGAGGCAGGCAAAACCUAUGUUUGUUGCUAUUAUUCCAUACGUCGACCGAACGAACGAAUUACGUCCUUGUGCUAUUCGAGUAUGUCGACAAGUCGUUGAACGUUACUUCAAUCGAUGAUAAGAAAUUCUUGUACGCAGCGUUGACGCAGCGAUUAGCUAGAAUGGUCAAUGCCACGGUCUUGUAUACAGGCCCGGCAACUCUGGUGGUGGGGAACGUAUCGCCUGAUUAUGAAGGGUAGAGGUAAGUAAAAAGAAUCUCAAAUUGGUUUUAACUGAAAAAGUGUCCACCAUAAAGCCAGAAAUAAUGGUUCAAUAAGUCGCCAGAAUGGCGUUCAUAAGCAAUAAUACUUCAAUCUGAUUGGCGCUUUGUAGAAUUUUUUCUACAGCAACGUCAUCUUAAUUUCACUCUAUUUUAUGGACACUUUAUGUACACUGAGGUAGUCUUGGACAGUUUUUGAGACGCCCCCAGCAUCGAAAAUUGAGCGGAGUUUCCGAACCUGUAUACGAGGCUUGUUAUCAAAUAAUGAAUAUUACGUGAACCGCAGAUUUAAAUUCGACUAGUGUUGUUCUUGCUGUUAGUACAGUCACAAAGUAUUAGCACCUAAAUGUGAAAUGGGAGAAAAACAAACAAUACGAAACAAUUGUUGAAACCGCAUUCGGAGCUUCAUUUUAUUAUAUCCUAGCUGAUCACGACUCGGAAUUGUUUAUAGGUCCACGCGUGAAUGCGGCACGCAUUAUAAUGUAAACGUCUUCUGUUUGUGACGUAAUUCAACUUCUAAAUAUUUUUAAUUAAAACGCAUGUGGCCUUGUUGCACUUAAGGAUUGAUCAUUACGCAUUGGAGUGUACAAUUCAUUUAACUGAUAAUUAACUGAUCUCUGAAUUUUUACGCCAGGGAGAAAUUUAUUCUUCUACUAUUUGACAUAAUCUUAUUAACUCACACGUAUGAUCCCAAUCAGAAAAUUGUUAAUUCGUACGGUGCAUACUACAAGCUCGAAGAUUGAACAUCAAACAAGCUAUUCGAGGAAUAUUACAUUCACGUUCUUCGCAAAGUGGAAUUCAACACUUGAAAAUUCGUGCUGAAAUUAAUCACUGUGAAUUUUGAUCAAGAAAUCUCAGUCCGUCACCCUCAAACAAUUUUACUGAUGAUUUUCACGGAGUAAUUAACUUCCGAGUUCACGUACACAACAUCUGGUUCUAAUCAAAUUACCGCACGAUACGUGGAAAAGAGUUUAAUUUCCGAAUAUGACUGCAUGCAGGCAAAUCUGCUUGGACUUCUGCUUGCCGUGUGGUACGUAAACGAUGUCAGAACCAAGCAUGGAAAAUUACCUUGAUUGUAAGUUGAAUUUUCAAUUGGGAAGAAUUCCACCCAUGCAGAAUGUAAGAAAUGGUACUAUUGUAUAGAGUCAAUUGUAAAUCUUGAACCGAAGGCAUAAGUCCAAUGUGACUUCGUCGAUAAGUGGUACAUAAGUAAUAGUUGUAGGAUAUACCGUGGUUUUACGAAGAGUGCGAAUUGUGUCAGUCACACGUCUGUAUUAACGUUACAUUCAUCUGAGCUAUCUCUAUACAUCGAUCCGGAUGAAAUCGGUAUUCGUCUGGUGAUGUUUGUAUAUUUUUUUGAUACUUAGUUUGCGUCUAUGUUUAACUUCAUAAAAACCUGGGUCAAAGUGACCUAUUCUUGGAACAUCGAUUCCGAUGCAACUACAAGGUAUAAAAUUUGGAAUGCAAUUAAAGAAUGUUUAAUAUCCA